GUGCAUGUGAUCCGUGGGUGGGGCUGCUGGUAUGCAAGCAAGAGCGAAGAUGAAGGCAGUAGCUUUUUUGCUGGGUUUCGUGCUAGUCGGAGCGUCGGGCUACAAACGAACUGCACAUUACGACGACCAGAUUGUUGUGAAUUGUGAGCUCACGGAACGUCUGGGGACCGUGCUGGAGCGAUACUUUGUUGAUCCGUGGGGUUUUGACGAGGAGAAGCGGCUGCACCUUCGUCUCGGCGUCCAGCUCUGGUCCGAGCUGCAGUCCACACUGCCAGAGUGUUCCGUGGUCAUCGAAAAUGUAGAAGAGUAUGUGUCAAAGGCAGAGAAAGAAAUGUUUAACAACAGUCGCCCUGAAGCAGAGUGGUUCGAGGAAUAUCACGAUUACGAUGCUAUUGUAGGCUGGUACUCUAAGCUGGCAAACGAUUACCCAAAUUUAGUAACUUUUUACAAGAGUAUUGGGGAGUCUUUGGAGGGCCGAGACAUGCCAGCAGUCCACAUUGGAACCAAUUCCAAGUACACCGUCUAUUUCCAGUGCCAGAUCCAUGCAAGGGAAUGGAUCUCUGGUGCUGUGUGUAUGUAUAUUGCCAAUCGCUUGUGUGAGAGCUAUGGCAAAAUUGAACAGGUAACAAAUUUGUUGAAUGCAGUGGAGUUUGUGUUUGUCCCUCUUGUUAAUCCCGAUGGAUAUGAGUACACUUGGAAUGGUGACCGUCUGUGGAGAAAGAAUCGCAGGGUGAACCCCGGAUCAUCCUGUGAUGGAGUUGACCUCAAUAGAAACUAUGAUGACCACUGGGGAGGGGAAGGGAGCUCAAGCAAUCCUUGUAGUGAGACCUACCACGGUACAAGUGCAGCAUCGGAACCAGAGACACAGUACACUCAAAAUUACUUCAAAGCUCAGAAAAGCAUUGUUGCCGCCAUUGACUGGCACUCUUUCAGUCAACUGAUUCUGAGACCGUACGGAUGGACAAAAGCAGACUGUCCAGAUGAACAGCGGCUGAGUGAUGUUGGUCAAAAGAUGAGUGACGCGGCUAAAGCUAUUCACGGAAAGGAGUAUGAUUCUAUAAAAUCUAUUGAUCUCUAUGCAACAACCGGAUCAGCAUCAGACUGGUUCUAUAGUGAUAACGCAAAUGAAGAUCAUGAUUUCAGAGCUGCUGGCUAUACCAUUGAACUAAGGGACACUGGAAGAUAUGGAUUUCUUUUGCCACCGGAGGAGAUCAUUCCGUGUGGUGAAGAGAUGUUUCCUGCUGUUCUCUACCUGGCCGAGAGCAUCGAGCUAAAGGAGAGUUUUACAGAGCGUCUGGGGACCCUGCUGGAGAAGGAUUUUGUUGAUCUGUGGGGUUUUGACAAGGAGAAGCGACUUCACAUUCGUCUCGGCAACCAGCUCUGGUCCGAGCUGCAGUCCACACUGCCAGAGUGUUCCGUGGUCAUCGAAAAUGUAGAAGAAUAUGUGUCAAAGGCGGAGAAAAAACCUUUUGACAAGAGUAAUCCUGAACCAAGCUGGUUUGAAGCAUAUCAUCGUUAUGACGAUAUUGUUGCGUGGUAUCAGAGAUUGGCUAGAGAUUACAGCGGACUGGUCAAGUAUGUUGAGAGCAUUGGGACGUCUGUGGAGGGUCGAAACAUACCUGCCGUUCAUUUAAAUAAAGAUGUAUCUGCUGUUCCAAAUUACACCGUUUUUUUCCAAUGCCAGAUCCAUGCAAGAGAGUGGGUUUCAGCACCAGUGUGCAUGUAUAUUGCGACUACCUUUGUGACAAAGUUAUUGGAUGCAUUGCAGUUCGUUUUUAUUCCAGUUGCAAAUCCUGACGGAUAUGAGUACACUUGGACAAAUGACCGUCUGUGGAGAAAGAAUCGUCGUAAUAACCCUGGUUCGUCCUGUAUGGGAGUUGACCUCAACAGAAACUUCAAUGACCACUGGAAUCAGGGAGGAAGUUCAAGUAACCCGUGCAGUAAUGUCUUCCACGGUCCUUUUGCUGCCUCCGAACCAGAGACACAAACUACUCAGGCCUAUUUUGCAGCUCAAAACGCUGUGAUUGCAGCAGUUGACUGGCAUUCUUACAGCCAACUGAUUUUGCGUCCGUAUGGUUGGAGUCAAAAUCCUCCCCCUAAUGAAAAGCAACUGAAGGCAGUUGGAGAUAGUAUGAGCAAUAUUAUAUAUAAUGUGCAUGGCUCUGAAUAUAUAUCGGAGCCUGCUUCAGCACUCUACGUUGCUUCUGGGGGCGCAGAUGACUGGUUUUAUGGCGACGAGGCAACCAGUACCAAUGAAGGAUACAGAGCUGCUAGCUACACAUUUGAGCUGAGGGAUACUGGUCAAUAUGAAUUCCUACUUCCACCUGAUCAGAUUAUUCCAAAUGGCCAGGAGAUUGUUCCAGCAGUACUCUAUCUGGCUGAAACCAUGCUGGAGAAUCCUAUACGCAGCAGCGGCUGAAAUAAGUGGUGUUUUAGUCUUGUGACCUGACUACAAUUGCCUUUUGCUUAGGUUAGCUAGCUAGUUUAGUAUUAGCUGUAUAUUGUUGAGAACAAACAUUUUUGUCGUCAUUGUCAAGUGUAAUAC